GAGGAGGACGGGUUACACUGGCGCCUCACAUCCCAUACUGGAUUUACCGGACUCCACCUGUCGCGAGCGCUGUGUUUUUGUGUCGUAAGCCAAGUGCGCUCUGACACAGCACGGCACGAGCCACAAACACGGGGGCGAGAGAACUGGCUAUUUUUAAUAAACCGGAGUGUCGGAGGAAAACAGAGAAUUAACAGCCUUUAUCGCAGGCUCUCACUGAAUUAUUUUCUUUUACUCGAGGACAGAAGUGGAAACAACCACCAUAAUUCCGGUGGAUGGUUUUAUCCGCAGUGCCUCAGCCAACAAACCAACCGAGGAUGUCAAGACAGCAGCAGCACCGGACGCCGUUAAAACUCACCGACAACGUGGUGGAGGUCAAGAGCAAAUUUGAGGCAGAAUACCGUCGCUUUGCUCUAAGGAGGAACGGCCCGGGUGGCUUCCAGGAGUUCUACCACCUCCUCCAAACCAUCCACCACAUCCCCGGGGUUGACGUGCUGCUGGGAUACGCCGACGUCCACGGAGACCUUCUUCCAAUCAACAACGACGACAACUUCCACAAAGCGGUCUCGUCAGCCAAUCCGCUGCUCCGCAUUAUCAUAAGCAAGAAAGACGCUGCUGUCUAG